AUGUCCAGCUCUGCUGCGUUGCCUGCAAUUAGCACCCGUAUCAGCCAUGGAGGAUACCUGGGAACGGUCAGGUUCGUCGGUGCAGUGGAAGGUACAUCGGGCAUCUGGCUGGGGAUCGAAUGGGACGACCCUUCGAGAGGCAAGCACGACGGGGUCAAGGACGGAAAACGCUACUUUACUUGCUUAGUACCGAAUUCCGGCUCGUUCAUCCGCCCAUCGGCCGCAGUGUCCUACGGGAGCUCUUUCCUCACAGCUCUCAUCUCCAAGUACAUCGAGCUCCCUCAUGGGUCGUCGACACUGGAAAAGGUCGUUCUGGGGUCCUCUCAUGGCGCGAUAGAAGUGGAGGCGGUGGGCCUCGAUAAGAUCAGAAGCAAGCUCGCUCAAUUGGAACGGCUGCAGCAAGUGAGUUUGGACGGGGAAGGCGUUUCCUCCCCCGAUCCGCCUGGGAGAAUUUCGAGCACCUGCCCAGGUAUCCGCGGAUUGGACCUGUCCAGGAACCUGAUCCCAUCUUGGGAUGUUGUCGCACUAAUCGUGUCAGAACUGCCGCAUCUUCAGAGGCUCGCGCUCAACCAAAAUCGUCUCCUCCCCUUCUCCGACCAUGCCCGCGCCGCGUCAGCCUUCCGCACCAUCACGGAACUACAGCUGAACGCGACGUUGACAUUGUGGCCUGCACUGCACGACGUCAUCCGUGGGAUGCCCUCUUUACGAUCAAUCGAGAUGGGUUACAACAACCUGCGCACGCUACCGGCAUCACACGGCGUUCAUCUGGCUGUGAAGGAGCUCAACCUCGAUAGCAACGCACUCUCCGGGUGGCGCGCGACAUGUGAGGCGCUGAUUUCAUUUCCGAGCUUGCAGCGCUUGGUGCUGACGGCUAAUGGCAUCCAGACGAUUGACCCGUAUCCGAGCGACACCGGUGCUGCACGCCUCGUGAACCUCAAACAUCUCUCGCUCUCAUUCAAUCAUCUGCGAUCAUGGCGUGAUGUCGACGUCUUGCCACUCUGGUGUCCUGUGUUGGAGUCAUUGACACUGAUGGGCAACCCGCUCGUCGAAGAUCCCGAAAUGGGCAAGAAUGCGCGACAGUUUACAAUAGCAAAAAUAGGCUCGCUCAUCGUGCUCGAUGCCGCAGGGAUAAUCCCGAAAGAGCGAACGGACAGCGAGCUGUUCUACCUCUCGUACCUGAGCAGGCACGGGCCGCCGGGCGAGGAUGCGCUCCCGCGAUGGCACGAACUAUGCGACAAACAUGGCAAGCCAGAUAGCCUGCCGGCGACCGCGCAGGAGAGGCAGGAUACGCUGGGAAGCCGGUUAAUUGAAGUGCACAUUCACCGCUGCACCGAACCCCCCACCACACACCCACCCUCGUCCUCGCCUUCACCGACGCCGCUCCGUGUCCUACCUACCAUGUCCAUCCGAACCCUCGUCAUGAAGCUCGUAAAGACGCUUAAGCUGCCGCGUGGCGCCCCGAUGCGGCUGUGGCUGCGCAUGCCGAACGAGAGCUUCGCGGAACUGCAUGGAGACGACGCGCGCGACCUUGCUUGGUGGGGCAUCGAGGAUGGAUCGGAGGUGUUCGUCUCUGCCGAUGGCGCGACAUGA